AUGCCAGAGACCCGUGCUCCGACAGAAGGCUACUGCAUGUUGUACGCCGACUACUUCGCCGAUGAUCCAUUGCAUGACGAUGUGAUCUUUCGACGCCAUUUCAGAAUGUCUCGGAAGCUCUUUUUGAAGAUCACCGAGUACCUCGGGGAGUAUGACGAUUACAUCAGAUUGAAGAGGGAUGUCGUCGACACACUUGGUUUCACAUCAAUUCAGAAAUGCACAGUAUCCCUCCGGUUGCUUGCUUAUGGAAUUCCUGCCGAUACACAGGACGACUACCUCCGCAUGGAGGAGUCCACAGCCAUCGAUUGCAUGUACAGGUUCUGUAGGGCAAUUGUGGCGAUGUUUGGAGAUCAGUACUUGAGGACACCCACUGCAGAAGACACAGCUCGGAUCAUGGCACAGAAUGCAAAAAGAGGAUUCCCAGGAUCGCACAAUGACAUCAAUGUGUUGCAAUGCUCGAAUGUAUUUGCCAAGCUCGUUGAAGGCACUGCUCCUCCGGUGAACUAUGAGAUCAAUAGCCAUGUGUACAACAAGGGAUACUACCUGGCAGAUAUGGCAUCUAUCCAAGAUGGUCGACCUUUGUGA